AUGGCCAGGGAGACUGCUGCUGCUGCUGCUGCUACCAACACGGGGUUCCUGACUGCCACCUUUCAGCCACCCUGGGAUAAGCAAGCCCUGUUUGGUGGAAAGGGCAGCAAAGUCUUCACCUGCUCCAUGUGUGGUGAAAAUGGAGUCGUUGAAGUUGAUCUCCUAGGCCAAAAUAAUGUUGCCACCCAGCCAGUGCUGAGAGGCUACUGGCUAGCUUUCUUUUUCUCGGAAAGACAGCAAAGACAAACAGAAGGACAACAAGGAGAAACACGAGGGUGCAUAGUACGGACCUACAGCAACUUUGAAGAUGACAUCUCCUACUUGUAUCCAGAUGAAGAAGAGUUGUUUGAAGAGGAGGACCAAGGCAGUCACUGUGGAGAUGCCUACUAUGAUCGGAUAGCCUUAUACUGCUGGCCCAAAUUUCAUGCUGCCCUCAUGGCUAUAGAUGACAGCAGUCGGUGCCUCUGGGAAAUGAUUGGCAGCGUGUAUGGUGAACUUGCCCUCUGUACAGGACUAGUGGCAGCAGGUAUGGGCUGCCCCAUGUCAAGCUCCACCCUGGAUGCCUUCUUCAUGAGAAUCCAUGCUGAGUACUUCACCAACUGCUCCUUGCCUAGCACUAGUGCCCCUGACCAUCAGCCACACACAGGAACAGUUGCAAUCUUGAUUUUCUUGUCUGUUUGCCUUGUGCCCAUUUCUGUUGUGCUCAUCCUCCGCAAGGUCUAA